GUUUCAUCGACGACAAGAAGAAAUUAGGUAGGUCUGUCUGUACGUGAACACACAACGCAUUUUCAAAGCUACAUGAAGCGACCUGUACUUCUAGCCCUAGUUUGUUGUCUACCUUACUUACUUUUUUCUAGCGACAUAGAAAUCUGUACCUCCUGAUAUACUCCAGAAGCAAAAGGAAGAGGGCCUUCGUUCUUCUAUCUGACAGCUUCGGCUUUCAAAGCGGACUUCGCUACUAGCCAACAACUUGUUUUGUCUACCUAGGCACGACUCACGGCCCUUGUAGAAGUUCAAGAUCCUCCAGAAGGCUUGAUCAUGCAAUAGACGACCCGAGAUUUGAAUUUUUCUUAACACCACCUGCAUUACGAAACCACAGGGAUUUUGUUUAAGUAUUUCCAGUCUUGGUACUAGACUGCAAUUAAUUCGCAGGCACAGACAGGCCGCAUCGAGGAGGUCGUCGUGGUGGUGCUGUGAGUGAUUUGCCGAUCUUGCCGACGCCACUGAAAAAUCUUCAGGAGUAAGCUGGACAGCAAGGCCGAGGGGCUAACCUCAACGUUUUUCUCAUUUUCCCACAACUAAAAAGUCCGGGAAAAUGUCCGACCCCGUCCCAAUGGAAAUCGAUUCAACAGCGACUGCUGCUGCGGCACCUGCGACAACAAGUCCCAAAGGUGGUGCAGCACCUGCACUUCUUCCCACGGUCCCGAUGUCUUCGCCAAAGACCACUGGGUCCUCUGCAGUUCCGCAGUCUUCGCCCAAGACUAGCCCACUGGCCGGGACGUCCGCAGCAUCCGGUAGUUCGACGGAGCCAAGAUGGCUCACGAAAAACGCAGAGAAUACCGAUGUAAACAGCAUGCCAAAAAUUUUAAGGCCCAUGGUGUGGAGGACGAAGGUAAUAUACAAAUUGCAAUUGUUAUUGAAAGAACCCGCAUCGAGCCGCAACCAGUUUCAGUACCUACGGGUCGGAAUGUUCGAUCUGCAUUACAUCUCCUUUUGGAUCAUGCGCAAGCGCAGCUACAUGCGGAAUGUUGUCUUGCAUAAUAAAACCGAUGAUCACUAACUAUCACAGCUGGUCCCGCCCACCCAUCUCGACGCCUCCGACCUCGACCAAGCGACCAGCUGGGCGGAGUCGAUAAAUUUUCUCGGAAACGAAGAAAAUUUGAAGCGGUUGGAAGAGAAAAAAGUGCUGUUCGCACACGAGGAAUCGGCGUUGCAAGACGCGAUCGGGCUGGAGAGGAUAUUCGAUCUAAUCAGCAUCGAGGGGGCGGCGAGUGACGGGCAGUUGAUAAAUUUGGUAAAUAACCAGAGAAUAUCAAAAGAGCAAAGUGCAGCGGCAGUGGGGGAAAGUGCCGAUGAUAAAGACAAUCCCGAGGAAAAGGAAGAGAAGAAAAUCAUCACGUUGCGGGUAGCGCAAAUCCGGGAUACACUGUCGGAAAAGGAGAUCAACAGGAGGAGACGAGCGGUAAGUACUUACUUAGCACGGGAUAUAUUCAUGAAGCUGAUCUUCUUGCAUGGCGAAAUGAAUCUUCAACGAGUACCAGGGUAGAAGAAGUUGUAUUCAGUUCUUUGCAUUAUACAAGGCGCUCUUCUAGAACUAGACCGCCGUUGUACAUGUUGUACAACUAUCGCAAACAAAAUCCCCACAGGUCGUCUCCGGUCUCCGCGAGCUGUCCAAGGCGGAAAAAAUCGCCCUCCGCCUCGGUCCCUGGCCCCGGAGGUGGUUCAUUCCGGACAAAAUCGCGGAAAAGAGCAAAAAACGCAAGAAAUACGACUUGUUCCCCGGGUCGGCCUGGAUGAAAUAUUUCAAAGCCUUCGGGUUCGACGUUGAAUCGGCGAAAAUUCAUCUGAUAACUUCUACACCGCCAGGGACAACAGCAACGACUUCAUCCACGAAGAACAAGUAUCAGCAGCCAAAUCCACCGGACCACAACGACGCGACAAGAACAACUUCUUUCGACUGCGCCAUCCCGGAUAAGGGGGAGCCGGAAGCGUAUUUGGUAAUCCAAUACCAGGAGGAACAGGAUUUGCAAACCGUCGCGAAUGAAUUUUUCGGGUGCUACGUGCAGCACACGAACUUGGAAUUGCGCCCGAGCUUUGCGGCGAUAGUGGACGCCGGGAACCCUUUAGUGGACCCCAGGACGCUUUACGAGGUAUAGAUUGUACUGACAGAUAGAACAACAUAUCGUGCGCUGAAAUUAUGCAUCACAGAACUAUAUUGUCUUGCGACUCUUCGCAAUACAUGUAUCGUUUACAACAAUAAAAGAACGUCAAAAAAUCUUAUCAGCAACCCAUCGUGGCGACGAAUUCGAAAGAGCAGAAUCACGAGGAGCACGUGUCUGAUAUGCACCUUAUGCAUUGCAAAUAUCUCUGGAUCUGGAAGGAUGCAACUUGUGAUGCUGCGUCUGAAUUCUUAUUCUACAAGAAUCUGUAUUGCAUGAACAGCAAAAGCGGUCCAGUUUUUGCCAGGGCGACACGGCAUUUCUCAUGCGAUAGAGGCAUCAGGAAGCCCUCACAAAAUCUGUGAUGCUAGGGCAUGCAUCACAGACAUCAGGAGUCAUGCAAAAUGUGGAUGACAAACCUUGCAUCCUUCCAGACCCAGACAUUUUUGCAUUUGAUACACCUAGACCUGAUCCGAAAGGAAGAUCGGGAGAAAAAAGCCAAGGAGCAAUCGACGCUCUACGUGAAGCCGCAGUUUCAGGAGGUAGAAGUCGAGGAAACUAUCGCGGAGGAAUACGGCGGGGUUUCCACGCUCGGUAUGCGGGAAGAGCAACGAGCGGCGUUCAAGAACGGGUUCAAAAAAGUGAAAGAGCUGGAGGAUCGGAAAAAAAAACUGGACCAACGGCUUUUGGAACUGAAAAAGGAGGAGAUGCUGUUUCAAGUCCGAGAUUACCAGGGGGAGAGAGAGGUAUAGAUUUGAAUAGAAUUAUGUAAGUAGUUGUUUCCACUUCUUGCCAUUUAGCGUUUGUGCGAAAUAGGCUUCGGAAUGGUGCUGAAAUUAUCCGCUGAAAGUGACCUCCAAAUCCGAAUUUGGAUUUGUCAUGCAAAAAUUGUGUCUUCCUCUUCCUCUUGCUACACAUGAUCAUGCCAUCAUGAAUAAAACCUCAUUCCAGGCCGUGAUGAAAGCGCAAGCGGGCAAGAAGCGAAAAGGCGAGAAAAGGAAAAGGCGAAAAGUCGCAGAAGAGGCACCUUGGAACAUCGAAAAGCAAGCGGUCGAGGAAGAUGCGCCGUGGAAGAAGAUCAUGCUAGCCAGCGACAAAACUAGCUCUAGCACGACAAUAAACAACAAUCCAGCAGUGAACAAUCAACCACCACCAGUUGUGCCGAACCUGUUGCAGAUAAAUCCGCCCGACGUGUCAGGUAAUAGUACAACUUCUCUCCUCCCCCCGCCACCAAAAUCGCCACAACUUCCUCUCCCUCCCCCUCCGGUCAUUUCCCCACCGGCCGUCUCUUCCUCCAGUCUCAAUCCAAAUUUCAUUCCGGUCGUGAACCGGAUUGAUGGUAGCGGCAACCUCACCAUCGGCUCCCCUUCCAUGGCUGCGAGGCUCGCAGCGAAGGGCGUCAAGGGUGCGCAGCAACUGAGCAAAUUAGGUCCGAAGGGAUCGAAGGACUUCAGCACAUUCCCGGUUGGUGGAUCUUCUACGCUUUCCCCUACACUCGGGCCAACGGGAGCUUCAGCCCAAGCUGCUCCGUCCGUCCUACCUUUGCCAAUAGGCACUGGAAGAAACCAAACGCCUACCAACGUCGGCGGAGCAGGACCACCUGGUUUUGGCAGCACGAGAAGCCAAAACUCCCGCGCAUUGCCACUCCCCCUUAUGGGGAACAACAAUACGAAUAACAGCAAUUCAUUGCAAACUCCGACAAGUACAACUUUGGGCUUCGGCACGCACCUGCCAGGGGGGCAAGGUGGGAAGAAGAUCUCGCCAAGAGACGCACACACUGCUUCCAACGUGAACCACAAGCACGACCAGUUAAAUCUCCCUGUCGGGUUCGACAUGCUGGAGGGGAAGAACACCGAAACGACAAGGAAAGCAGAGGCAACCGCUUUGGUAACCCAGGCGUUAAUCAACCUCCAAACGGCGAGUAACAUGGGCAGUGUGCUCGUCGGCGACAAGGUGCAGAAACUGGGCGGAGCCAUCACUCCCGGGAGUAGUAGCGCCGACGUGAGUGCCACUUUCGCCGGCCAUCUGCAGUCGCGGGCGGUGAGGAAUAUCAAUCCAAACGCGCCUUUAGGGACGACAGGAGGUGAUAUGAGCACACGGAGCAAUCCGGGCGCCGGGGGGUUAACGACCCCAACGUCCGCGGAGAAGUUUGAUCCGCGAAACCCAGCGCACCGCGUCGCGAAGCACAACACGGAAACGUUGAAGCGGAACGCCGCGGCGUUGCUCAUGGGCGUGGAUGUGGGUGGGCUCGGGAAAACGACAAAUCAGACGGGGAAUUUCAACACGGCCGCUACCGGCGUUAAUACGGAGAAUGACGGAAGUGGGUCCACGACGAAUCGGCAAGCGAAUCAGAUGCUACUGCCGACGAAUAUCUAUGAGAGUGCACAACUCCCGCCCUUCCCCCUCACUUGUCAUGCAAAAGCCGAAAGCCAAGUGCUUCCCUGUAGCACUCUUUGCAUGACAGAUUCAUCCGGCGGAAGCCCAAACAGGCUCCACGUGCUGCGCUGGUGUUUGUAUUGCUGUUCAUGCAAUACAAAUGAGGGGGACGAGGGGGAGUUGUGCACCUUCAUAACAUCGGGGCGAGUGCGAGUAGUGCGGUUUACGGAAUGGGGAUGGUGCAGGGAGGACCACAGCAGAUGCAGAACCAAAACCAAAUCCAGCAAAACACAGUUGGAGAUGUCGUGAUGACACAGCAGGCGUUUGAAAUGCCGAGCAAUCAGAUGAACAACAAUCCUUUAGGCGCUCCUGCUGGCGGCUUUGGAACAGGACCAGGAGGACUACAAAUGCAGCAGGGAGCUGCAGGUGCAGCUGCCUCUUCUGGGCACCAGCAAAACCUGCUUGCGGGCUUUCAGCAGCAAGUGCAGAAUCAAAAGUUGCAGCAAUUAGAGGAGAAGGCGUUGCUCGCUGGUGCUGCGGGGAACAACAAUGCAGGUGGUGCUGGGCAGCAGCCUGGCAUGGCAAAUCAGGGAGGUGAUGCGACAAACGGCAAUACAAAUAACACUGCGAAUGGAGCUGCGGUGGGGGAGAACAGCAACGCGAAUAAACCGCAAAACGAGAACAACGAGGAGGAUCAGGAAAUGCUGGAUUACCACAAUUUGCUGUUGGGCAUCUAGCAUCAGAAUAUUUAUUGCUGGUUGUUCUUGUCCUGUUGAGAAUACAGAACUGGUGUUGAUACCACGGUGAAAGUCGAGUUUGUCAUGCGAAAUCGUGGCAAAGGGAAAGGAGCAUGGAACGAGGUAGGGAUAGCUCUAGCCUCGUUGCUACCAGAAAACAAGUAGAACCAAGAUGAUUAAGUAAGCAGUGCUUGGUUCUAGUGUACGUACUGCUCUUCUUGUCUCAUCUCAAUUGUAUCAAACACGAAUCAUGAUCACGAACACGAUCACUGAAAUUUAUGACAGCUUUCGUCUCUCGAAGUCGAGAUGAAUCAUAUCGCGGAAAGAAACGAAAACUUUCGCACAUUGUCGUGCGGUCGACUGGUGACUUUACGAACAUCAAAAUUUAGUGGGAAGAAGUGCCCCGAUAGCCGACCUAUUCUUGUGGUGCUGGUGGUG